AGACAGGGUUGCGUUUCUGUUUGCCAGACCCAGUCUCCAGCACUGGUCCCCCUGAUGGCAGUUUGUACAUCCCUGUGAAACCUGCCAAGCUGGACGCCACAGCUUUGCACGACUGCACUUUGGCUGCCACUGUGCCCCCUUCAGAGCCAACAAACCAUGCAGUCCUCGCCUGUGACACAGGCAUCCAUGAAGAGCACUAUGUAAGUGAAGCAGUGGAAGAUGAUGUGCCGGACUACAGAGAAUACAGAGAUGCCUGCACCAUUACUGAUGUGUGCAAUAGUACUGAUCUUCCUGAAGUUGAAAUCAUCAGUCUGCUGGAAGAACAGCUGCCCCAUUACAAGCUGAGAGCAGAUACAAUCUAUGGUUAUGACCACGACGACUGGCUUCACACGCCUCUCAUUUCUCCUGAUGCCAGUAUCGACUUAACAACUGAGCAAAUAGAAGAGACGCUGAAAUACUUCCUUUUAUGUGCUGAAAGAGUGGGCCAGAUGACUAAAACAUACAAUGACAUAGAUGCUGUUACACGACUUCUAGAAGAGAAAGAGCGGGAUUUAGAAUUAGCUGCUCGAAUUGGCCAGUCAUUGUUAAAGAAGAAUAAAUCACUAACCGAGAGAAAUGAAUUCCUUGAGGAACAAGUAGAGCAUAUCAGGGAAGAGGUUUCUCAGUUGCGCCAUGAACUGUCCAUGAAGGAUGAGCUGCUUCAGUUUUAUACCAGUGCUGCUGAGGAAAGUGAGCCAGAGUCCAUCUGCUCAACACCGUUGAAGAGGAAUGAGUCUUCCUCCUCCGUCCAGAACUAUUUUCACUUGGAUUCUCUUCAAAAGAAACUCAAGGACCUGGAAGAGGAGAAUGUUGUGCUUAGAUCAGAGGCCUGUCAGCUGAAGACUGAAACAAUUACUUACGAAGAGAAAGAACAGCAGCUUGUAAAUGACUGUGUGAAAGAGCUGAGGGAUGCAAACAUCCAGAUUUCCAGUAUCUCGGAGGAGUUAGCAAAGAAAACUGAAGAUGCUGCCCGGCAGCAGGAAGAGAUCACCCAUCUCCUUUCUCAGAUAGUUGAUCUGCAGAAAAAGGCAAAAUCUUGUGCAGUCGAAAAUGAAGAACUUGUCCAGCAUUUGGGAGCAGCUAAAGAUGCCCAGCGUCAGCUCACGGCAGAAUUGCGGGAGCUGGAAGACAAGUAUGCAGAGUGCAUGGAAAUGCUUCAUGAGGCGCAGGAGGAGCUGAAGAACCUUCGGAACAAGACCAUGCCGAAUGCCAUAUCACGUCGCUAUCACUCGCUAGGCCUCUUCCCCAUGGACUCUUUGGCAGCAGAGAUAGAAGGAUCAAUGCGAAAAGAACUGCAACUGGAUGAGCCAGACUCUCCUGACAUAACUCACCAGAAGCGGGUCUUUGAGACUGUGAGAAACAUAAACCAGGUUGUCAAGCAGAGAUCCCUGACUCCAUCUCCAAUGAAUAUCCCAGGAUCUAACCAGUCUUCUGCAAUGAACUCAGUCAUUUCUAGCUGUACCAGCACUCCACGUUCCAGUUUCUAUGGGGGAGACAUCUCCAACAAUGUGAUAGACAACAAGACCAAUAGCAUCAUUCUAGAAACAGAAUCCUCUGACAUUGGAAAUGAAGACAAGAAUAAGAAGCCUGGAACUCCGGGGACACCUGGUUCUAGUGACUUGGAGACAGCUCUUCGAAGGUUGUCUCUUCGGCGAGAGAAUUACCUCUCAGAGCGGAGGUUCUUUGAAGAAGAACAGGACAGGAAGUUACGGGAACUGGCGGAGAAGAGUGAAGGGAGAAGUGGUUCCAUUACACCAACAGAGAGCAUCAUGUCAUUGGGAACUCACUCCAGGUUUUCAGAAUUCACUGGAUAUUCAGGAAUGUCCAUCAGCAGUCGCUCCUACCUGCCAGAGAAACUUCAAAUUGUGAAGCCCCUUGAAGGUUCAGCCACUCUGCAUCAUUGGCAGCAGCUAGCUCAGCCUCACCUGGGCGGAAUCUUAGACCCAAGGCCUGGGGUUGUCACUAAAGGCUUCAGAACUCUGGACCUUGACCUCGAUGAAGUGUACUGCCUUAAUGAUUAUGAAGAAGAUGAGACAGGUGACAUUUCUUACAAGGGCCUAACUACCUCGACGCCAAUUCAGCACACAGAGACCUCAGGUGAGAGGUCACAAGCACAAGUGACUGUUUCAGACAGCAAGAAUAAUCCAAGCCAGUCUCAGGCUUUCACAGAGGAGAUGCAGGAGUCCACGACUGCCGAUGAUGAGGGGUCUGUACAUCAUCCUGGGAAGUGCAUGUCACAAACCAACUCCACCUUCACCUUCACCACCUGCCGCAUUCUGCACCCUUCUGAUGAGCUCACACGAGUCACUCCAAGCCUUAAUGCGGCACCUACUCCAGCUUGCGGCAGCCUUGGCAAUUUGAAAGGCACUCCGGUCGCUACCCCAUGCACCCCUCGGCGUCUAAGCUUGGCAGAAUCCUUCACUAACCUUCGGGAAUCCACAACUACGAUGAGCACAUCCUUGGGCCUGGUGUGGCUGCUUAAAGAACGAGGGAUCUCAGCAGCAGUGUACAAUCCACAAAGCUGGGAGAGGGCCAGCAGGGGCACCAUCCUGAACCCGUACUCUCCUAAAAUGGCGAUCAUUCCUUCCACUCCUCCGAACUCACCUAUGCAGACUCCCUCUUCUUCCCCACCCGCUUUUGAGUUCAAGUGCACCAGCCCUCCAUAUGACAACUUCCUCGCUUCCAAACCUGCUAGUUCCAUUUUGAAGGAGGUGAGAGAGAAAAAGAACAUCAGGAACAGUGAGAGUCAGACCGAUGUGUCUGUCUCCAACCUUAACCUUGUGGACAAAGUAAAGCGGUUUGGAAUUGCCAAAGUAGUUAGCUCGGGGCAAACGCAAGCGCCUCCCUUAACUGAUGACGAGGGACCUCUUCUCUGUGGGGCUCAAGGACCAGUAAGGGCCUUUGUUCCCCGAGGCUUGGCCCCAGAAGGCCUUCAGUUGGGCUGCCCUUCUGCAACAAGUGCCAUUGGCGGUAUUCAGCUGAACACUGGCAUUCGAAGGAAUCGGAGCUUCCCAACCAUGGUGGGUUCCAGCAUGCAGAUGAAGGGCCCUGCAACUCUCACUUCUGGCAUCCUAAUGGGAGCCAAGCUCCCUAAGCAAACUAGCUUACGAUGAAGGACUUAAUUUUUAUGGCUAGUCUUUUAAAGAGAUACCAAGAACCUGCCUGCAAUUUUUUUUUUCUUCCAUUGCCUCCUGAGUUUGACAAAUCAACUUUGUGCCUAAUGGGAGAAGUGUGUAAACUUUGUACAAUUUGUAAAUAUGUACCAGAUAUAUUGUAACGAAUUUGUUUAUUUUACUGUUCAGUUGAGUGCAAAAUGUUCUGACACUGCAGUUGCUGUAUUAGGGUUUAACUUGCUAACCUUCUGAAAGGUGGUUGUUUUUUUUAAAGAUGCACUGAAGGUGGGGGGAGGAACCCAACAAUCCAUGGAUAGAAGAAAAUGAAUUCUGUAGCUAGCCUAACUUGACCUAGCAUAGCAAGAUUAUUGACCAUGUUACCUGAGACAUUGGAAUAACAGCAGCAGGGAGCAUUUGUGCUUUGGUAAGUGCUAAACAGAGUAGUCAGCUUAGCAUCUGUGUUAAUUUCAUUUUGCCAUUGUGGAUGAAGUGGGUUAUCCGAGCGUGUGGCUGUUAUGCUUGAAUAGAUGAGACAUUUUUUUGUUUUGUUUUUUUUUCCUGGUAUGAUAAACUUGAACUAGUACUGUGUUUUGAGGUCAACGGGCCUGCUACGUGCCUGGAAAAAUGACACAUUUCCACUACUGCUGUUUCUUCUGGCACAUCUGUAUUCUGUGUGAUUCACUUUAUUAUUUUCAAUAUUGCACUGGACUGUGGAAGGAAAAAUGCUUUACAUUGUGUUCUCUUGCUGAUACUGAAAAUCACACCUUACAAACUAUCCUUAAAGAGAUUAGUUUUCACACUUCACAAGAUAACAUGGCAACCACUUCCUGGGAGCCAGAGUCACUGAAUAGAUCGGAAAACAGUCUUGUUUGAAAAGAUUGUUUAGCAAAAGCAGUCUUUGAAACAGGUGUGUGCUUGAAAUAUCAUGCAGGGAAGAACCACAAAAGUAUUUAGUAACAGAAUAUGGUACAAGCAAGGGAAAGCAGCUUUUGACCUUAUAUUUACCUUUUCGCUACAGGUUUUAUAUAUCUAAAGAAAUCAAUCCACUAAGUGGUUUUAUAACAGGGUGAGAAUAUUUUCUACUUAGCUUUCAUCAUUUUUCAUAGAAACCUGUUUCCAUCCAGGUGUUGUAAACUUGCCAGAAGUAACAGCCAUUUGAAAACAUUUUUAUCCCCCCGCUAUAAUAAGCCCAUAUGCUUUCAAUCAGGAAAGUCCAGUAUUUGUUAGAAUUUUCUUUCCUGUCCCGCCCAAUUUUAUGCUAGGUGCUUGCAGGAAUAUUUGUUAGCUCUUAAAAUAGAAAUGGACAAAAAAGAUCUUAUUCCCGUGGCCAAGAAAAGAUUGUUUUUGAGCUUUGAUUUAAAAAAUCAGGACCUUCUUUUUUCCUUGUAGUCUCUGUGAAGUUUAAAACCAAGCAGCCCGUUUAUUUAUUGCCACUACUACUGCACUACAUGUAAUUGCCGCAAAUUGCUAUGUGUACCAGACUGUUACUAAAUCAUUAGCACUGAUAAUUUCUUGUAUGAAUGGAACUGUCUUUUAGUCUUUGUUACAAGAGAAGGAUGCCUUUGAAUGAAGUAGAUAUUACAAUAGUGCAGUGAUAUUUUGAGAGAAAACACAUGAGCCAAAUACUGCAUGUGUUUGAAGACUUCUAUUUAUUCUGUGAACUUUAAAAAAAGUUUUAGUAAAAUGUCAUCAGCUCCAUUUGCUGUUGUAUAUGUGCACUUAUUGCAAGUAACUUUAAAUCUUUUUAUUUGAAUGUAUCUUUAAAACUAGAUAGAAUAACAAUUAGAUCUGAAAAAUCAUUGAUUUUUAUGGGCCAUUUUAUGUACCCAGAGAGAGAGAGAGCAAUACCAUAUGAGAAUUAAAAAUGUAAAAGCUAAUCAUGCAAUUUGGAAAGUAUAUUAUUAUUUAGCCUUUAAGUAAACAAUAGGAGCUGUCCAAUCACCAGAAAGCAGGUGUAACACAUCAGAAAGAUAAAAUUUAAAUUUUCUUCACUAAUGAAUAUCAAUAAAAUAAAAUAAAUGUGGUAUUGUUGUGUAUUACUCAGUUUUAUCCUUGGGUUUUUAAGGUGAUAAAUACUUCCACCUCAAAAUGCCAUAUUGCUUCUUGAGUGAGCAAAAGGAAUGUAAGCUCAUGUGGCUUUUAAUAUUUGUGGUGACUAAACUAUGCUAAAUAUAAAACUGGUUUAAAAAGAACCAAAAAAGGGAACGGGAAUUAUUUUUCCCAGUAUUUUUCAACCAACUGUAGAGAACUGGAUGAAGUUUUGGUUGUUGGGGGUUUUUUUGGUUUGUUUGUUUUUUAAUUUCAACAUUUUGUCCAGUAAAGCCCAAGCCCCAGAAAGAUAAUACAUUUGGACUUUAUACAGUGUGUGUAUAUUCUGUUCAGAGCAGGUCAUGAACUCUCCCUGAUUAUGGGCUAUAUAAAAAUGGUAAUGUUUAAACAUCCAAGUAUAGAGAUGGUGUGUGAGGCCAGGGGAGUCCAGCAGGGACCUGGGUCAGGUCUAGUCGUAUUUAGUAUCUUCAUUAUUGAUUUGUAAGAGGAAAUAAACACCACAUUAAUGAAUUUUGCAAGUAAUAUUAAAUUGAAAGAUGGUACAAAUACCAGUGAGGGCAGAGUAAUAAAACAAAAGGAUCCAUUAGAUUAGAUUAGACAGAUGGACAGAGAAUCAGAGUGUGAUUCAACUUGGACAAAUGCAGUCUGAAAUAUCUGGAAAGAAACAAUCUAAAUGCCAGAUAUUCUUUGGGGAGGAAGAAACCUGGAGAAAAGUAAUGCCAAGAGAGAGUUGGGAGGAUUUGCAUCAUAUCAAAUUAGACAUGAGUUUGCAAUGUGAUGUGGCAGUUGCAAAGAAAAGAUGGGUGAAAUUACAGGCUGCAUACAUAGAGACAUGCUAUCAAUGAAUAGAGCGUAAUAGAUUUCCUCUCUGCAGCUCCAUUGCGACUCUGCCAGAAAUUGUGUUCCGUUCUAGGAAUCUCAUUAUCAAAGAGAGUGAUUAAUUGGAAGGAGUUCAGUGAAGAGUGUUCUGGAGGGACCAACCUAUGCGAACGACUGUGUUAAGUUCGUACAACUUCAGCUCAGAGAUGACUGUGUUGAGGAGGGAUAGAAGUGAGACAUUUGAAGGGUGUAAAUGGGAAGUUAUUUUUAGUUUUUGAGGGGGGUCCAUAGCUAGGAGUAUACUAUACUAUAGCCCCUAUACUGUUUUUAUUCCUCCUACCUGUUAUGUUUUUGUCUUAAACUAGGUUAUAAACUCUCUUUGAGGCUGGGACUGCCUUUUGUUAGAGGUCAAAACAGCACCUAGCACCAUGGUGCUCCAACCUAGUUGUGGCCUCUUGGCACAAGUACAAUGCAAAUUAGAAUAUUCUCUAAAGUUCACUUCAAAUCCUUCUGAAAGAUAGCAAAGGUCCCCCUUGCAAUCCUCAGUGUCAAAGGCGCGCUCAGCAUACAAGGCCUCUACAGGAUUCUCAGUCAAGCAAGCUUCAUGCUAAGCUACUAAGAAAUCUUCUCACAUCAGCCUGCUUAGCUUUUAGGAAUCUUAAUGGGUCAGGAUGGGUGAAUGGUCUAGAAAUUAUUUUGACAUUUCACGACAAUCUUCCUUAGAGUGGUACAAUUCUGAUUUAGGAGGGAUCAUUAGGGCUAAGCUUUCAAAUUUCUGUUAAAAUCUUCUCUACUUAUAAUCAGAGAGCUCAGUCUCCCAGAGAAAGCAUUUCUCUUUGAAUUCAUUUUGUACAGUAACAAAAACAUUGUCCAGAAACACCUGUCUGUAAAACCUGGACCAGAACUCUUCUCAUAUGUCAUGGAAUUAAUUGUUUCCUUUAGCUCAUGUAUCAUAGAAUCAUAGAAUAUCAAGGUUGGAAGGGACCUCAGCAGGUCAUCUAGUCCAACCCCCUGCUGAAAGCAAGACCAAUCCCCAGAUCCCUAAAUGGCCCCAUCAAGGAUUGAACUCACAACCCUGGGUUUAGCAGGCCAAUGCUCAAACCACUGAGCUAUCCCUCCCCCUUAGAGAAACAAGGGCCUGGAACUCUUUUAUCUUCACAGAAAACUCUGGGAAUUUCAGUGCUCUUCCUUGUGGGAUAACCCUCUUGUCCCUUGAAAGAUUUUUAAUUUUUUUUCUGCUGGACCCUGUUUCUCCUACAGCCUGUUCAUGCCCACUUUCUCAGCACAUGGAAGGCGACAAGCUUUGUAAGGGCAUCUGAAGAAGUGGGUUUUUUACCCACGAAAGCUUAUGCCCAAAUAAAUCUGUUAGUCUUUAAGGUGCCACCAGACUCCUUGUUGUUUUUGAGGAUACAGACUAACACAGCUACCCCUCUGAUACAUUGUAAGGGCGUAUGAUAUGUACAUGGCAGACAUAAAUGAAAAGCAAUUUCCUUAAGCAGUGGGAGGAAAAGCAUGGCUUCCAGAGUGGUACUCAUGCGUGGAUUUAGCAAGGUGUUAACAAGGCUGCUGAAGUUUCACAAGCAAUAGCAGAAAAUGGUGCUGAAUGAGAAAAUAAUGUAUUGUUAUGCAGGGCGUUGAUUGAAAAUUUAUUGAAGCUGGUGGGUGGAACAGCUGCCCUUCAUUCAGAAUAAAUGUAAAAAGCAAUUAAGCUCCUUAAUAGAAUAGAUAUCAGAAACAAUAGGCGCCUCUGCCCAAAAUGCAGGCUUCUGGCAAGGUCCGUCAGGAAUCUGAGCUAUGUAGGCAGAAGGGUUUCACUGGGAACUGAUUGCAAAUGCAAGCGGCUGCAUAUUGUUUGGUGGGGUGUGUGUGUGUGUGAGAGAGAGAGAGAGAUUGAGAGAAGGAAGCCCAGAGACAGCAAAAAAGCACUUUUAGCAUGAUCCUGAGAAAAAGCUGAGAGCUUUGGGUAAAGUGCUGGCUGGAAAGAGGCUUGGAACAAUGAGCAAAGAAACUGUCUUCAGUUGUUUGAUUCUGCCUGUGUUCAGGGAAACAGGACUUUGUGUACACUUUUUGUAAAUAAAUAGGGUUCCAUCAAAAAAAUACCUGGCUCUCAUCAAUUUCUCCCCUUAUUGAAAACAACCUGCAAGAAUCCAAAUAUUGGCUAACCACUUGGGUCAAAAAGAGAUAAAAAUGUUCAAUUUGCAAGCAUUGUAUGUAAGUUUUUAGGGUGUAAUUGGUGAAAAUUGUUUUCUUUUUCUGGAUUUUAAUGUUGAUGGUCCUGUGAAUCCCUACAUUUCAAGAGAUUAUCUAAAAAUCCAAAUGCCGAAACUGGCUUAUUUUCCUGUUGGGAUAAAAAAGUUGUAUCAGAUUUAAUAAUUUUAUUAAGGUGUUAAAAUAAAAGAAAUGGUACAGAGUUUAAGAGUAGAAGUUUCUGGUUAUCAGGGAAUAAGGUACAGAUUAUCAAGGGGUGCAAAGUUCGAUUUAGGAUCGGAUGGCGU